AAGGAGACAGAUGUCCCUAUAUGGUACUAUUUUUUUCAGGACAAAUGAAUGAAACAUACUUGUCCCUGCAAAGUACGUGAUAUUUAGGCAAACUCCAAGCAGAAACUCUUGCAAACUUACAUAUGAUAAAAAAAUUCUAAGGAGAUGCUUGCAAUCAUUUCUACUAACAACGACAUUUUAAGAGUCUUGGGGUAGAGAGUGGGGAAACUGUCAGCAGCUCAAGAGCAAGGAUCCUCUAAAGGAAAAUCGUAUUUUCUGGGCUUUUAGAUGGGCUAAGCAGAAUGCAUUCUUGUUUAGCCCUGCACUAGAGUAACACCAUUAUUAAUUAUGCAAACAUUUUUUUUGGAUGGGUAAAAGAAUUUGAGAAUGACUCAGCAAGAGAUUUCAAAACCGAAUACUCCACCUGCUUAUUGAACGUGCUCUUUUCAAAUCUGCUCUCUGUUCUGUGACCUGGGGCGAAAAGUUUGAGAUCUGCUCCAGCAGUGAGGCCCCAUCACUGUAGCGGCUUCUGAAAAAGCCUCAGUUUUGCCAGGAACAUGGAAUCAGUCAGUUCUAUUUAGUCCUCCCAUGCUUUUACUGUUAGGUUAAGUUGGAAAUAGUUGAUACUUCUGCAAGAUUAGCCUCUAAUUUUUCUUUAACAAACAUGGAACCUGGUCAAAUCCCCAAACGGAAGACUGGAUCUACCUGUCAAAGGCGUGUGUGUGGUUACCUUCAUAUUUCUCUCUAGAUGAGACUGUAUGUUGAUGGCAAAUUGCAAAAGGGGGGGAAUUUAAACGUUAAAUGAGAUGUAAAGGCAACAGAAAAUUUUUUACAAGUCCCCGCUAAAGUGACAGUUCAAGAUUUAGUCGGAAAAAGGAAGGCUUCCAGUCACCAGUCCCUUGGAAAUCUGGGGGAGGAGAAAUCCUCUCACCUAUUUUGGAAACUACUUGCAGAUGUGGGGAAACCUCUGAAUUGCUCACAACAGGGGUUUUGCAGAGAUUUCCUCUGAUUUUUUUUUUUUCCUUCCCAAUUUCCCACAACCUGUGUUUGUCUUGCGUCUGCUAGACCGACAUGUGGUUUACCUCGCUGAUCCUGCUGCCAGGUUUUACACACUCCCCUCCAAAGUCAAACAACUGACGCCGAAGGAUACUGAGCAACUCUGGGCAUGGGCGCCAGAACUGUCACAGAAAAUUUGCUUCCCGAGUAUUCUUUCCAACUUCCCUUCCUGCGCCCACGUGAGCCAUAGCGCCAGCCCAUCAGCAAGGUCUUAGCGUUUCCUGCUGCGGCAAUCUGUAACUUGAUUUCGGAUUUUUCUUUUUUAAUUGCAGUUCUGAGGAUCUUAGUUCUUACCAAAACUUUGUCGGUUGGGGGACUUUUAAAGCAGUCUAUUUCCUUACCUAAGUCGCGGAGGCUCAGACACUUUUCCUCCAUUCCUGGGCUGCACUAAGGUUAAACAGCAGCAAAGGAAAGAAACACACAUUCGCUGUUUAUUUGGGGGGAGGGGAAGUAGAGAUUUGCUGCUAAGUUAUCACGAUCCCUCGCGCCACCCCCGGUCUGGCACUCUCUACUGACACGUACAUCAUCUAUUAAUUUCUGUUCGCGGACGCAGAUACAUAAUAUAUCCAUUUUUAUCUUUAGUAAAAUAUAAAUGGAAUUGUCAGCGCGCUCGUGUCUGUUUGUUUGUAUAAGGCUAUCAAAAGAAGUCAGAGAGGAGGCUGUGGCCCGGAUCCUGACCCUGAUUGUAUGAAUAAGUAAGCAGGAUGCAAGUGAUUGGGUUAGAUGCUGCGAAGAUUUUUUUUUUCCAAGUUAGGAAGAGGGUAAAAAGACAGCCUGGGGGGAAAAAGGCGAACAGUGCAUCCCCACAUCCUCACACUUUUGCUCUCCUGGCUUUGCUGGCUUCUGCAGGCUUUUAAGGUCUCGCGGCGUAGACAUGCCUGCCCCCCACCCCCUUCCUCGGUCUCCCCUUUCAGUUCAGAUGUGCUGAUGUGCAGACCGGAUUCAUCUUCCCGGAGCGGCGGCGGCGGGCGCAGGCGGCGGCGGUUCGUGCUCCACCGCCGGGUCCUGGCAGCGACGGGGGCGCGGCGCGGGAGCCGGAGCUCCGGUGGCAGCUGAGCCCGCGGGGCGCCGCUCGCCGAGCCGCGGCCGCGGGAAGUUCGGCCGCCAGAAGGACGAGCUGGCAGGCUGCGAGCGCCCGCUCCGCGAGAGGCGAGUUUGCCCGCGGCUGCCCCUCCCCGCCUCCGGGAGCCGAGCUCCUUACCUGCCCUCCGCCCACCCGCGGGCCCCUAGCCAACUUCUCCCUGCAACUGGGGGUAACAGGCAGUUCUUGCCCUCUCUACUGUCCCGACGGCACCCGUAUGUCUCCGGACACCUGAACACCCCGGUCCCGCCGAGGAGCCUCCCGGUAGGGAGAGGAGCACCGGUCCCCCUCGCCCCGCACAUCAACGCGGACCGCGGACGCCUCACCUCCGGGUCCCGUCCCCUCCUUUUCCUCUAGGGGAGGAGGAUGGGGCUGGAAACGCUUUCCCCGAGGAUGCUCAUGUGGCUGGUGGCCUCGGGGAUUGCUUUCUACGGGGAGCUGUGGGUCUGCGCCGGCUUCGAUUAUGAUUACACUUUUGAUGGGAACGAAGAGGAUAGAGCGGAGACGAUAGAUUACAAGGACCCGUGUAAAGCCGCUGUGUUUUGGGGUGAUAUUGCCUUAGAUGAAGAAGACUUAAAUAUCUUUCAAAUUGAUAGGACAAUUGACCUUACACAGAACCCCUUUGGAAAACUUGGACAUACCACAGGUGGACUUGGAGACCAUGGUAUGUCAAAGAAACGAGGGGCCCUCUACCAACUUAUAGACAGGAUAAGAAGAAUUGGCUCUGGCUUGGAGCAAAACAACACAGUUAAGGGAAAAGUACCUCUAAAAUUCUCAGGGCAAAAUGAGAAAAAUCGAGUUCCCAGAGCUGCUACAUCAAGAACUGAAAGAAUAUGGCCUGGAGGCGUUAUUCCUUAUGUUAUAGGAGGCAACUUCACUGGCAGCCAGCGAGCCAUGUUCAAGCAGGCCAUGAGGCACUGGGAAAAGCACACAUGUGUGACUUUCAUUGAAAGAAGUGAUGAAGAGAGUUACAUUGUAUUCACGUAUAGGCCUUGUGGAUGCUGCUCCUAUGUAGGUCGGCGGGGAAAUGGACCUCAGGCGAUCUCUAUUGGCAAGAACUGUGAUAAAUUUGGAAUUGUUGUUCAUGAAUUGGGCCAUGUGAUAGGCUUUUGGCAUGAACACACACGACCAGAUCGAGAUAACCAUGUAACCAUCAUAAGAGAAAACAUCCAACCAGGUCAAGAGUACAAUUUUCUGAAGAUGGAACCUGGAGAAGUGAACUCCCUUGGAGAACGAUAUGAUUUUGACAGCAUCAUGCACUAUGCCAGGAACACCUUCUCAAGGGGGAUGUUUCUGGAUACCAUUCUCCCCUCACGUGAUGAUAAUGGCAUACGUCCGGCAAUUGGUCAGCGAACCCGUUUAAGCAAAGGAGAUAUUGCACAGGCAAGAAAGCUGUAUAGAUGUCCAGCAUGUGGAGAAACCCUACAAGAAUCCAAUGGCAACCUUUCCUCCCCAGGAUUUCCAAAUGGCUACCCUUCUUAUACACACUGCAUCUGGAGAGUGUCUGUGACCCCAGGGGAGAAGAUUGUUUUAAAUUUUACUACAAUGGACCUAUACAAAAGUAGUUUGUGCUGGUAUGACUACAUUGAAGUCAGAGAUGGGUACUGGAGGAAAUCACCUCUCCUUGGUAGAUUCUGUGGGGACAAAGUGCCUGAAGUUCUUACCUCUACGGACAGCAGAAUGUGGAUUGAGUUUCGCAGCAGUAGUAACUGGGUGGGAAAAGGCUUCGCAGCUGUCUAUGAAGCGAUCUGUGGAGGGGAGAUACGUAAAAAUGAAGGACAGAUUCAGUCUCCUAAUUAUCCUGAUGACUACAGACCAAUGAAGGAGUGCGUUUGGAAAAUAACAGUGUCAGAAGACUACUAUGUCGGAUUGACCUUUCAGGCCUUUGAGAUUGAAAGACAUGACAACUGUGCCUAUGACUACCUGGAAGUUCGAGAUGGAACCAGUGAAAAUAGCCCUUUGAUAGGGCGUUUCUGUGGUUAUGAUAAACCUGAAGAUAUCAAAUCUACCUCCAAUACCUUGUGGAUGAAGUUUGUUUCUGAUGGAACUGUGAACAAAGCAGGGUUUGCUGCCAAUUUUUUUAGAGAGGAGGAUGAGUGUGCCAAACCUGACCGUGGAGGCUGUGAGCAGCGAUGUCUGAACACACUGGGCAGUUAUCAGUGCGGGUGUGAGCCUGGCUAUGAGCUGGGACCUGACAAAAGGACCUGUGAAGCGGCUUGUGGCGGACUUCUCACAAAACUUAAUGGCACCAUAACCACCCCGGGCUGGCCCAAGGAGUACCCUCCUAAUAAAAACUGUGUGUGGCAAGUGGUUGCACCGACCCAGUACAGAAUUUCUGUGAAGUUUGAGUUUUUUGAAUUGGAGGGCAAUGAAGUUUGCAAAUACGAUUAUGUGGAGAUUUGGAGUGGUCUUUCCUCUGAGUCUAAAUUGCACGGCAAAUUUUGUGGUGCCGAAGUGCCUGAAGUGAUCACCUCCCAGUUCAACAAUAUGAGAAUUGAAUUCAAAUCUGACAAUACCGUAUCCAAAAAGGGCUUCAAAGCACACUUCUUCUCAGACAAGGAAGCUUUCUGCAAAGAGAAAAUUUUUAUUUUUGAAUCUUGCAAGAACUUGAUACAGGUUACCACUUCACUUCCCUCCAACAAAGACGAGUGCUCUAAGGAUAACGGCGGCUGUCAACACGAGUGUGUCAACACAAUGGGAAGCUACGUGUGUCAGUGCCGUAAUGGAUUUGUGCUGCAUGAAAAUAAACAUGACUGCAAGGAAGCUGAGUGUGAACAGAAGAUUCACAGUCCAAGUGGCUUCAUCACCAGUCCCAACUGGCCAGACAAGUACCCAAGCAGGAAGGAAUGCACAUGGGAAAUCAGUGCCACUCCUGGCCAUCGAGUCAAAUUAGCCUUUAGUGAGUUUGAGAUUGAGCAGCAUCAAGAAUGUGCUUAUGAUCACUUGGAAGUAUUUGAUGGAGAAACGGAAAAAUCGCCAAUCCUUGGACGACUAUGUGGCAACAAGAUACCAGAGCCCCUUGUGGCUACUGGCAAUAAAAUGUUUGUUCGGUUUGUUUCUGAUGCAUCUGUUCAAAGAAAAGGCUUUCAAGCUACACAUUCUACAGAGUGUGGUGGCCGACUGAAAGCAGAAUCAAAACCCAGAGAUCUGUACUCACAUGCUCAGUUUGGUGAUAACAACUACCCAGGACAAAUCGACUGUGAAUGGCUGCUAGUGUCAGAACGGGGCUCUCGACUCGAGUUAUCCUUCCAGAUUUUUGAAGUGGAAGAAGAAGCUGACUGUGGCUAUGACUAUGUUGAGCUCUUUGACGGUCUCGAUUCAACAGCAGUGGGCCUUGGUCGAUUCUGUGGAUCGGGGCCACCAGAAGAGAUCUAUUCAAUUGGGGACACAGUUUUAAUUCAGUUUCACACUGAUGACACAAUCAACAAGAAAGGAUUUCAUAUAAGAUACAAAAGCAUUAGAUAUCCAGAUACCACACAUACCAAAAAAUAACAUCAAAACCUCUGUCGGAACAUAAAGGAAUAUGCAUAAUGGAGAGAAGACGUAUUUUUUUUUUAAAUGAAGAUAUUAGCACAAAUGUUUUAUAUAAUGAGUUUGAACAGAAGAAACUAUAAGACCAGAAGUAUCUCUGUACUAAAAGAGAAGUUUCCAGCUAACUGAUCAGCAGUACCAGGAUAUUUGAACUCGUGUUUGACAGUAUAAAUAAAGCUGGUAAAAGGGCAUCACAAGCUUCAAGGAAGACUCCACAAGCUUUUGAUCCCAGCUUGACAUAGAUGCCUCACAAUUGAGACAGUUCAGCUCAGGGUCUGUGACCCUGCAGAGUGUUCUUUUUGACAAUUUUUCAAGAUCUGGGAGAAAGAAAAUGAUCUUGCAAGUCAUAAACUGGAAAACCCUCUCCUUAUAUCUUGGGAUAAUUGCUUUGGCUCAGUAACUUGGAUACAAUGUAAACCAGAUCCAUAUAAGAUGUUGUGAAAUGAGUGUCUUUUGAGGAUGGUUAGUACUUUAAAUGUGAUUGUGUCCAAUGUUUGGAAACUGGAAUAUUUCAGCUUCAUUAUUUUCACUUGCAGGCCAGAUUAACCUCUUUGAAACACAAAUGAUCUUGAGACCACUUCAUUUUACUGACAUUUUGACAAGUUUGAAAUGUCAGCGUGUCUAUUAUUGCAGUUAAACUCUUGACAUCAUUUAUUUAAGUGCUGGAAAAUGCCCAGUUGAUUGGUAAACUCAGUUCUUUCUGUGGAAGUGCUGCCUUUUCACACCAAAUCCAAGAAGCCUUGUGAUGUCUUAUGAACUUUAUGGGAAAACUCCCAACAGGUGUGAACAGGAUUCUUCUAAGUGACUGCCUGGAUGGUUCAUACUCAAGUUAUCACUGCUGCUAUUGUCUUUCUUUUAUUGUUGAUCUGUUGUAGUUGUUAUUGUUGAUGUUGUCAUGGUUUAAUGUUGUAUUUAAAAAAAAUGAGAUGAAAUGAAGUGGAAGUAGGCCUUGUAAGAAUUGAAAGACCUCUUUUCUUUUUUUUCUCUUCCUGGGAUUCAGUUAAAAAAAAAUGUAAUGUAGAAAAACAGGAUUUGUGUCUGAAAGACUUUCUAUGGUGCUAUUCCAUUAACAUUUUUUUUAAACAAAGUUUUUGACCUUUGAGCCAACCACCUGUAGACUAUGAAUGUCUCCUUAUGUCUGGCUGGUGGCAUUUGAAGACUAAAGACUUGUUAAAUGUAUCAAGAGUAUAUCAAGGGCAGCACUUGUCCUGUGGAACAACUACUUAUAAUGCCUUAGAAUUCUUGCACAUGAUCAAACAGAUCCUCCUAGAGACAUACCUUUGGAAAUGCUGAACCUAAUAGUGUAUGUUAAUUAGCAGCCCUAUGACGAAAAUCCAUUUUCAUGACUGAGAACAUUGGGUAUAAAUAUGAUGACCUGCUUUUGUUGUAGAAAAUGAAUAUUCUGCUUUAAAGCCACGUGUGUUUUUAAUAUUAAUGUAUGUAUAUGAGAGAUUGUCUGAGUGAGUGAAGCUACAAGAAGGUGAAAAGUAGUGGGUGGUUGAAAAGUUAAAAUUUAUGUGCCAAGUUCUACUAGAAUCCUGUUUGAAGUAGCACCUUUCUAGGAAGUUUUAUGGACAAAUAAUGGGAACUUCUAAUUAUUAUUAACCCCAUUCAAAAGGCUCUUUCCUUUAGAGAAACUCUAUUUUGAUAUUUUUUGAUGAUGCAGAUUGCUGUAUGAAGUAGCUUUGUUUCUGUGGCCUGUCCAUGAGCAUCCAACGUUUAACAAAAUGGGGUAUUUUUCUUCAUUUUUACAAAAUUAACCUAUGCACACAGAUGUUGCGUAUUUGUUUCUUUUGUCCUUGUUCCCCCGAAAAAUCUUUUCUUGCAUAUUAAUUAUUAAUAUGUAAAUACAUUUUCAAAACCAUUAUUUUGAUCUUAUUGAAUGUUACUUUGGAAAUGCAUAACUAUUGCCUGCAAUAUAAUGAGCUUUUUAGUGGAGCUGAUUUAUUCCAGUAACAAUUUCUAUAUUUUUUCACUAAUCUCCAAUUAGCCAAAAUAUAUCAGGAAUGGGAAAGAGAGGAGAAAAACCAUUAACACCUGGUAUACUACAUUAUGCCUAGCCCAGGACUAGGCACAUGCACUCGCUCUUUUUAAACUUUAUGCUACCCUUUGAGAACUGUGGUGAGGUUCUCAUUUUGUAGUUCAGGAAGUGAGGCUCCAAGAAGGUAUGGAAUGUUCCCAGGGUCACAGUGUAAAGUUAGAUGUUGAAACCCAGCUCGUCUGAUAUCAAAAUCUGUGCUUGUUCUACAAAAUGUAGUUGAAUCAAUCUUGACAUAUAUAAGUAGUAGCUAUUUUUUUAUGAUGAACCUUUUCCACAUAAAAUAAAUUUUAGGGGUGAAUUACAGUCAAACUUUCAGCAUAAACAUAUUGUUCCUUUAAGGAGCAGCAUGACAAGUCAAAUAUGAACUGUAGAUACCUUUAAGAACCACAAUUAGUACUAGAAAUUAAAAAACAAAAAACUACUCUCUAGUUCGGUGUUAGUAACCACAGGCCUUUGUUGAAAUAAAUGUGUUAAAUUAUUUUAUCCGGCGUGCUACGGGAAAUGUUGUGUGCUUUUAGAAAUCCUCUGGGUAUUUUGGUUGACAUCUUAUUAGGCCACAAAGAGCUGUGUUCAACACAACCGAGAACUUAAAGUAAAAGGGUAUUUAGAAGGCAGUAGAGGUGUUGUCAUAACUUUAGGUCCUCAAUGUGAACAUUAAUUUUUAUUGUAUCUUAUGUCAGAUAUUGGUUCACUGCACAUUAUUUUUAUAUUAAUUCAACUUUGGCUGAAAUGUGUUGUUAAAUGCAAAUACGGAUACUUUGUUGUUAUUUUGUUAAUAAUUGUUAGUUACUGUUUUAGGCAUUUUAUUAAAUUAAUUUUGUAAAUUAUUUUCAACCCCUACGUCAGUAUAUUGGUUGUGUUCUGUAUUUGCCAAAGUUCUAACUCCUAUACAAUCUUCACUGACUCUACACACAAGAAACUGCUCCCACUUAAUAUGGUUUUAUUAAAUUAUUUUUAAAAAUCAA